AUGAAGGCCAUGAUCAUGUUCUGGUGUUGGCAAGGAGUCAUGUGCAUGGUGUACAUUGAUGACUUCAUGGUGCUGGCGCCAAGCAAGGUGGAGCUUCAGUGGAUCAGGGACCAGGUGAUUGUGCCCACCCUCAAGUGCCUCAGCUGGCUCAGGGAGCCCACCAAAGGGGAUGGUGCCACACCAAGCAGCAGUUCAAUCAACACCAUUGCAAAGGCAGCCCCCAUUCUACAACUCUACCUGCAGUCCACAUAUCAGGUGAUGGGUUGUGGACAACACAACUGGAACCAGCACAAGCCCCUCACUGCAGAAGCUCAGCAGGACCUCAAGUGGAUCACCACCAACAUGCAGCUGAUCAACAGGGCGCCUCUGUGGCAGCCAUUGUGGGUCAUGACCAUCAAGACUGAUGCCAGUGGCUACAGCUGGGGCGCAUGGGUUCCAGAGAGUGGCAAGAAGGCAAGGGGGAGCUUUGUCAGCCAGGAAGCCAAGUGGCCUAUCCACCACAAGUAG